CCCCCGGUAGCGGCGAUGGCGGCGGCGGCGGGCCGGGACGCGGCCUCGGCCAGCAGCGCGGGCGCGUGGGAGCUGCGGCACCUGCACCUCUCGCUGCGCGUGGCCUUCGCGGCGGCGGGCGCGGGGCGGCUGCGCGGGACGGCGCGGCUCGAGCUCCGCUGCGCGCGCGCGGGCGCGGGCCCGCUGCUGCUGGACGCGCACCCCAGCCUGGCCGUGCACCGCGCCGCGCUCCUGCCGCCCCCCGGGACCCCCCCCGGGAGCCCCCCCGGGGAGCCGCUGCCGGUCGAGAGCCGCCCCUUCGCCAGCUACGGCAGCGCCCUGCACGUCGCCCUGCCCCGGCCCCUGAGCGCCGGGCAGCUCCUCACCCUCGAGAUCGACUACGAGGCGGGCGAGGGGCCCGGGGUGUGCUGGCUCGCUCCCGAGCAGACGGCGGGGAAGCAGAAGCCCUACAUGUACACGCAAGGCCAGGCCGUCCUCAACAGGUCCUUCUUCCCCGGCUUCGACACCCCCUCGGUCAAAUGCACCUAUUCGGCCACGGUGCAGGUCCCCGAGGGUUUCACGGCUGUGAUGAGUGCCACGAGCUGGGAGAAGCAAGACAAUAACACCUUCGUCUUCAAGAUGUCCCAGCCGAUCCCCUCCUACCUGAUCGCUCUGGCUGUUGGGGACAUUGUGUCUGCUGAGGUUGGCCCAAGGAGCCGUGUUUGGGCCGAGCCCUGCCUGAUCGAGGCUGCGAAGAAGGAGUACGAUGGGGUGAUUGAGGAGUUCCUGGCAGUUGGAGAGAAGCUCUUUGGACCUUAUGUUUGGGGCAGGUACGACAUCUUGUUCAUGCCGCCCUCCUUCCCCUUCGGCGGGAUGGAGAAUCCCUGCCUCACCUUUGUGACGCCCUGCCUGCUGGCCGGGGACCGCUCGCUGGUGGACGUCAUCAUCCACGAGAUCUCCCACAGCUGGUUUGGCAACCUGGUCACCAACGCCACGUGGGGCGAGUUUUGGCUGAACGAAGGCUUCACCAUGUACGCCCAGAGGCGCAUUUCCACCGAGGUCUAUGGUUCGGCGUACACCUGCCUGGAGGCUGCAACGGGAAGGGCUCUCCUGCGCCAGCAUAUGGACAACACCGGGGAGGACCAUCCGCUCAACAAGCUGCGGGUGAUCAUCGAGCCAGGUGUCAAUCCAGAUGACACGUACAAUGAAACUCCCUACGAGAAGGGGUACUGCUUCGUGAGCUACUUGGCCCAUCUUGUGGGGGACCAGAGCAAGUUCGAUGCCUUCCUCCAGGCCUACGUGAACCGGUUCAAGUUCCAGAGCAUCACAGCGGAUGACGCCCUUGGUUUCUUCCUGGAGUACUUCCCUGAGCUGAAGGAGAAAGGCGUGGACUCCAUCCCAGGCUUUGAGUUCGACCGCUGGCUGAACACGCCGGGCUGGCCCCCCUUCCUGCCCGACCUCUCGCCGGGGGAGCAGCUGAUGAAGCCAGCAGAUGAGCUGGCAGAGCUCUGGGCAGCCGACAGCUUGAACAUGGAGGCGAUUGAAGCCAUGGACAUCACGGUCUGGAGGACGUACCAGCUGGUCUACUUCCUGGAUCAGGUCCUGCAGAAAUCUCCCCUGCCAGAAGGCAACGUGGAAAGGCUGAGCAAGAUGUACCCAAAGAUCUCCAAGGCCCAGAAUGCUGAGCUGCGACUCCGCUGGUGCCAGAUCGUCCUCAAGAACAACCUUGAGGCCGAGUACAGCAAAGUCAAGGACUUCCUCCACAGCCAGAUCUUCUGGUUUCCCAGGGAACGUGCAGACCAUCGGUACAAUUAACGUGACCUCCAACAAGAGACUUCAUUACCUGUGAGGCAUCUGGAAAUAAUCCCUCUGGUUGAAAACGAGCCCUUGGCUCUCAGAUGCCUCUGCCACCUCUGGUCUGACUCACCUGAGCAAGCCAUCAGCUGUGAGACAGAUCGAGCGGUCCCUAAAGCACCUCCCUUGUAUUAAAUGAAAUCACAGAUUCUCCAUUCCACAGAGACUGCAAUGCCCUCAGCAUACUGAAGCACGCACAUGCAUGUCAUGCUACAGGAUGCUGAACAGGAGCUCACAACUCGUACUGCACCGGGAACACUUUACUGGCCUGAAUUAAAAAUUAUGGCCGCAAGACUGGAAACACAGGAGCUGGGCAGCUGUGCUUCUCAGGAAGGAUCUUCCACCGCUCCAGCUCAAGCCAGCUCUUGCCAUUCCAAAGAGCCAAGCAGAGAGCAGCACCACAUCAGCGCUGCCUUCUGCUUCACCUCUGCGAACCGGUGCAGCUUAAGGCAGGACAAGACUUUGAUUCUCAGCUUCUGUGUCACUCCCUCCUCUGGGCUGCCUUGGUGGCUCUCAGCAGGACUGGGGAGCAGUUCUGAUGCUUCACCAACACCAGCUGACCUCCAACGCUCCCCAACCAAGCUGCAUCAUUCAGCAGCCAGCGAGAGGUAAAGCUCCUCUCCCCUCUGCAGUGUGGGAAGCAUCCAGCGCAGCGGGGAGCUGGGGAGCUGCAACCGGGAGGGAACAGCAGCUGCUUCUGAACUGGCUGGGAAGGGCGCUCUGCCUUCAUUCACCUUCCCACAAAGGCAACGACUAACGAAGACACUUCA